UGUGAUGAAUAUUCAAUUGAAUAUUUAAAUUGCUUGUGGCUGUGGCAUGCUUGCACCUCACUAGAACAAGUAAAGACAGCUUUAAUGACGUUUGAUUUUUGUCUUUCGUUUGCUAUCGGUCUGUAUUUUGCGACGAUGAAUUGUUUUGCGUGAUAUAAUGUUUAUAGUUUAAAUUGUGUUUUUAACCACACACUAAUAUAAAUUUUGGUAAUUUGAAUGGAAUAGAGCAAAAUAAAUAAAACAAGACUUUCAAUACCGUGAUUUAUGUGAAGUUAAUCGGAGAAUAUUGAGUUCUGAUAUUCAAGCACUCGAAGUUCAUUGGUAACCAUCGAGGGAGUAGCGGGCGAUAUUAGAACAAUAAUGAUAAUGACACGGCCAUGACGAAACACUAUUCUAAUGGUCACAUGACAUUCAAUGACUAUUUUAUGAUGUACUUGGCGAAAUGGAAGCGUGCUGCAGUUGUAUUGAUGCUAGUAUGGAUCGGAGUUACUUACCUGGUUAUAUCACCGCUCAGAUGCAACGGUGGUUCAGAUGAGGUUUUAGAAUUUCAAGAUAGAUUAAGGAGAGUAUCGUCACAGUUGGAAACGCUAAGGCAGCAGCACAGCAAUCUCAUUGCGCAGAUAAGAAGGUCGUCAGGGUUAAAUGGUAACCUGAGGGACAUAGACACGGGGUCCUUGUUCCUGGACACGGGACACGGCCCCACCGAGGACUACGAGAAUCUCAGACGCAGGGUAUACUCCAACACUAAGGAGCUGUGGUAUUACAUCAGCCAUGAGCUGAGCAAAGUCAUGUAUGAGGACAAUAAAGUGGAGAAGAUACAAGCGGUUUUAGACCAAAUAGCUGAGAGAAAAAGGUCCCUAUUAUCGGACCAGGAGAAGCUCCCGGAGCUCGAUGGCUACCACGAGUGGCGCCAAAUGGAAGCAGCCAACGUCAGCGAUCUUAUACAACGCAGACUGCGGCAUCUACAGAACCCGCCCGACUGCAGGGAGGCGAGGAAGCUCAUCUGCAACCUUAAUAAGGGUUGCGGUUUUGGUUGCCAGCUCCAUCACAUAGUGUAUUGUCUGAUAUUUGCGUACGCAACAGAAAGAACCUUAAUACUGAACUCUAAAGGUUGGAGAUACAAUAACAAGGGCUGGGAUUAUGUGUUCUACCCGAUAUCCGAUAGUUGCACCAGCGUGUACGACGAUAAAGUUAUACAGUGGCCAGUGUCAUAUGAUGCCAAGGUUAUAUCGUUGCCUUUCAUCGACUCAAUAUCACAGAAGCCCAAGUUCUUGCCACUAGCUGUACCUAAAGAUUUAGCUCAUAGGAUAGUACGGUUCAAUGGAGACCCGGCGUCGUGGUGGAUCGGGCAGAUGGUCAAGUUUAUAUUGAAGCCGCGACCUUCAUUGCAGAAGGCCAUCAACGAGACCAUCGCUAAGAUGAACUUCAAGAACCCUAUUGUAGGGGUACACAUUCGCCGUACGGACAAAGUGGGUACCGAAGCGGCUUUCCACCACAUUCACGAAUAUAUGACGCACGUGAAGGCGUAUUACGACCAACUUCAGCUCACUCGGCUAGUCGACGUCCGGAGAGUAUACCUGGCUACUGAUGAUGCUAAUGUAUUAGAAGACGCCCGUACCAAGUAUCCUGAGUACGAAUUCCUGGGCGAUCCAUCCAUAGCUAAGACUGCGGCCACGCAUCGCAGAUAUACGCCGUUAUCACUCACGGGGUUACUGUUAGACCUGCAUUUGUUGGCCCGCUGUGAUUACAUCGUAUGCACUUUGAGUAGCCAGGUGGGUCGCGUGGCAUACGAGAUGAUGCAGACGAACAGAGUGGACGCUUCGGACAGUUUCUUCUCCCUCGACGACAUCUACUACUUCGGCGGGCAGAACGCCCACGAUCGAGUUGCCGUUCUACCGCACACUGCCGUCGAUACUCAGGAUAUAGCACUACAGGUGGGCGAUCUCAUAGGUAUAGCUGGUAACCACUGGAAUGGUUACGGCCGUGGCACGAACAAACGAACUAAUAUGAACGGGCUAGUGCCAUGGUACAAAACCGCGGACCACCUAGUACUGUACCCGUUUCCGGAGUACAAAAACGUACCUCUGUACUCGGACACGCGGCAGAAGGACUUAUAGGUCCAGUGACAACUUUUUAUAAUUUAUUAUAUAUCCACUGAACGGGUUAUAAUUUAUUUUGCUCAUUACAUAUUUUUUAAGCAAGGCAACAUUGGCAUGUGUAAUGUGGCAACGUGUUAUAUCUGAGACCGUUGAAGGUGUAUUAAAAACCCCAUUUGUUGGUAAAUACUUCUUGUUUGUAUUGUCUAGUCAACGGCACUUUGGAUAUAAAUCUCAAAUUCUCUCAAUUGAUUAUAAAUUUUACACAGACGCGUUUAGGUCGAAAAUGGAAUGCCGUUGACUAUACAAAGUUAGAAGUAGCUCACACUGUUAUGUACAAAGAGUUUAUGUAAGUGUCGUUUAUAAAACGAAGUGUCUAGUUGGUUAUGGCACAAUAUAAGUACUGUGCGUUAUUAUUUAGAAAAUCCAAUUUACAUUAUUUCAGUUUGAUUUCUUUCUUUCCUGUUCUACAGGCCCGUAUUACAGAAUGACAACUAAGUGUUGAUCUUUACUUGAGUGCAGUUAGAAAGGGAUGUCGCUAUGUGCUAUAUAUAGCGACAUCCCUUUCUAACUAUGCUCAAGACUAGAUCAAUCACUGAGAAUCUUUCUAUAAUACGGGCCUAAUACUAUCAUGAGUAGAGCGCCAACUUUUCCUUCCACCAAUGUGUAUGCAUCACGUUUAACAGCU